UCCUCCGCAGGUCGUUGGUUUCCCAGUAGUUCAGUUGCACAUGAGCAGAACAGCAAUGGGAAUCGGUCAGAAAGACUUCGAAAAUGCAAUGAAUCAGGUGAAACUCUUGAAGAAGGAUCCAGGAAAUGAAGUGAAGCUAAAACUCUACGCACUAUAUAAGCAGGCCACUGAAGGACCUUGUAAUUUGCCCAAACCAGGUGUGUUUGACUUGAUCAAUAAGGCCAAAUGGGAUGCAUGGAAUGCCCUUGGCACCCUGCCCAAGGAAACUGCAAGGCAGAACUAUGUGGACUUGGUGUCCAGUUUAAGUCCUCCAUCUGAAUCCUCUAGCCAGGUGGAGCCUGGAGCCUACAGGAAACCACCUGGAUAUGAAACUUUGGUGGUGACUUCUGAAGAUGGCAUCACAAAGAUCAUGUUAAACCGGCCCACGAAAAAAAAUGCCAUCAGCCCUCAGAUGUAUCAAGAAAUUAUGCUCGCACUUAAAGCUGCAAGCAAGGAUGACUCAGCUAUAACUGUUUUAACAGGUAAGACAUCUUCUCGGGCUUCNNGAAAUGAUUUGUCUAACUUCGCUGAUAUUCCCUCUGGUGGAGUAGAAGAGAAAGCUAAAAACAGUGCUAUUUUUUUGAGAGUUUUACAUAUGGAGGAACCAAACUAUGGCAAAACUAGAAAUUCUCUCUGCAACUUCCCAAACUGGGAUACUCCGUUUUCAGCCGCUUGCCUGGCAACUGAGAUGCUUAUUUUUGGAAAGAAGUUAACAGCAGGCGAGGCAUGUGCUCAAGGACUCGUCACUGAGGUUUUUCCUGAUAGUACUCUUCAGAAGGAAGUUUGGACCAGGCUGAAAACAUACGCAAAGCUCCCCCCAAAUGCCAUGAGAGUUUCAAAAGAGAUAAUCAGAAAUACAGAGAAAGAAAAGCUGCAUGCUGUUAAUGCUGAAGAAUGCAGGGUAAUCCAGGGAAGGUGGCUGUCAGAUGAAUGCAUGAAUGCGGUCAUGAACUUCUUAUCCAGAAAAGCAAAACUGUGAAGACGACACUCCAGCAAAGUUAAGCAUGUGAAAGGAAGGGAUGUGCUAUUAUUUCUGAUUUCUAAUACUUGAACUAAAGAAACUUCAUUGUGCCUUUUUUCAGUGUUAAAAUAUCAACUAUAUUUCACUACAGCCCCGAUGAAUAAAAAAUUUCAUAAAACAAG